UUUUUCUUUUCUUUUCGAUAUCUCGAUGCACACGAUAGACUUAUCUCAAUGAAACGGCAUGGCUCUGAAAACGACUUGAGGCAUGCUUAUUCAAGAAAACCUCCAACUCAAUUUCAAGUUUGGCUCUAUGAGAAGCAUAGUAAGACUCUUUCGGUGCCUGACUUGCGCAAAUUAGGUCAAGAAUGGGACCUAUACCAAAGCUCAAUGAACAUCAUCACAGGUAACAAGAUGCAGGUAAUACCUGAUGAUCGCCAAUUGCAUGCUCUUACUCUAUGUAGAUUGACUUGUUAAAUAUCUGCAUGGACACUCGAUUAAAAAGACCUCAAAUAAGGUUAAAAAUGGGACCUGCUCAAUAUUACUCAAAGCGCUCGAAUUCAGCAACAGGUGAUUGGAACGAAGGCUUUGUUUUUACUAUUUCUUUUCAUGCACAAUUAUUUAAUACCAUUGAAUUUGACGUAUAUGACAAACCUCAUAGGCAUUGGCCAACAUUAAAGCAUAUUGGAAAAGCAAAACUUAAAAUUUCCACAUUGGUAAACAAAAAUGAUGUCUUUGUCACAUUUCUACCGGUUUAUGAAUACCGCAUACAACGUUUGUUGCCUGCUGAAUUACGACCUACCUUGUUAGAAACAAAUAUAGUAGAUCCUGCUCGUGUGACAAAAAAGACAGGCGAUCUGAGUCUGAUUGGGUCCCUUCAAAUUCGCAUUCGGUAUCACUUUCAGGAACCUGUGACAGUCAAUGACCAUGUUCUGCCCAAGGCAAGACUAUUAGAUUCGCCAGCACAAGACAAUCAGCGGUUGCUUGGGCCAGAAGACACAUUCCAUCCUCUGUCUACCACUACUACUCAUGCCUCUAACCAAUCCAAUUGGUCUUUGGCCACCAAAAGCUCAAGUCGCAGAACUUCGUAUGGCAGAGGCGAACUAGCCAAAGAAGAAGGCUAUGUAGACGACGUGUUCAAAAAUCGAUUGACCCAUAUUAUGACGGCUAACAUACCUGGUUCUUCAGAAACCAGCCUUCUUUCUUCAUCCAGUCAAGAAGCUUCCACAUUGAAUUUUGACUGGCUUUAUCGACUUGUCUUGCCUGCUAAAAAAUUACCUCGAUCAUCCCGUGGUAAACGCUAUGGUUUUUCACAACAAGAUUCAGACGAUCAUCAUAAAUUUAAUCCUGACGAUAGCACAGAGUCCUCACAAGCCUCUAGUAUAUCUUCUUCAGCCCCUGUCAGAGACCGCAUUGCACACGGUGCUAAAAAAAAAGCACAAAACAUCAUUGACAGUGUUAACUUCGGUGAUCGCGAUUUUGCCAGUCAAUGGAUGCAGGAUUCAUUUGACGAUGUGGCUCUAUCUCAUCCUGUCGUCGAUCGCCUGAUUGGGUUUGUAGUCAGUAAACAAACACAGGCAAUGGUGAGAGCCAUUAUCAAGACCGCCAACGCGUUUGGCCAAGGAUUUCGUGUAACAGGCGUUCAACUCCUCAAGGCAGCCUUACUCGUCCAAAAAUUCUAUGAAUCAUUACCCAAAUCGCCUAGUAAAUCACCAAUAGAAGAUGUUGCGUUUAUCCAUGAAGCGUGUCAUUAUUUCUCAUAUGCGUUGAUUGCUUAUGGUUGGCGAGGUCUUUGUUAUUUAGGCUUGUAUGGCCAAUAUAUACGUGGUAUGAAUCACCGUCGAUCUAACCGAUUAGCUAUCAUUCGAUUCUUGAAAUUACCUCCAGAAGAUUUGCUGGGAUAUGAAUAUGCACUUAGAAAGGGGGCCUCGUUUCAGCCAAGUUAUUAUGUGGCAUUGGAUAGAAAACACAAAGCAAUUGUGCUCAGCAUACGAGGGACAUGGAGCUUGUACGACGCAAUUACUGAUUUAGUAUGUGAAUAUCUGCCUUGGAAAGGUGGCUUGGUACAUUCUGGCAUGUUAGCAUCCGCACAGUGGUUCUAUACAAGUAUUAUUCCACAAAUAUUUCGAUAUAUUCAUCAUCAUGAGGAAUUGAGUCAGUUUAUCAUUACAGGGCAUUCAUUAGGUGGAGGCACAGCAAGUUUGCUGACGAUGAUGGUAGCAGAUCAUAUUCAAGAGUUACGUGAUUUAGCAAACAAUCCAGCAUUUCGUCUUCAUUGUUAUAAUUAUGCACCUUCUGCUGUGAGUUCACCUGAUUUAAGCAAGAAAUAUGAAGCCUAUAUCUCUAGCUUUGUAUGUCAAGAUGAUAUUGUGGGGAGACUUUCAUAUGGCUCUGCUAUGAAAUUAAAAGAACUUGUGUUGGAUAUGAUCAGCGCCUAUAGAACAUUGGGUGGCUUUAAAAAGACAUUGACUGAUCCAAAAACUAGAAAAGUGUGUUUUGAUAUCAUAAGCCAACGUAGAGAUAAAUUAAAUAAUGUAGCCAAUUCCAUGUAUCCCUCUGUAAGUCAAUAGCACACGCGAGUCACUCACUUAUCAGCAUACAGCUAUAUAUUCCUGGCAAAGUGAUUCACAUAGAAAGAACAAGAGAAAUGAGGUUUAGCAAAUCGAUUGAUUUCGAAGACUUGUCGCAAGAACAUAGAGGAUCCAAUGUAUUAAGCAAGCAUAAUAUUCCUGGUGCUAGCAAAAUGUCUUAUUCUUUACACUCAGUGACUCAUCAUAUCUCGGACGAAAUGAAGCUCACAAAGACUUGUAUUGAAGACCAUAUGAUCUCUGCAUAUCAAAAUGCUUUUGAAGCACUUCAAGAACAAUACCCCUCACCAUUGUAACACAGUUUAAAAAUGGCUGAGAAAAAGAUUAAAAAAAAACUUUAUUUUGUCUAUAUUUGGUGCGAAUAAAACCUUACAGAGUAUUUAUUAAACGAGU